GGGUCGAUGAGUUGCCAGGUAAACAAAUUCACGUUGUCACACAAAACUGAAUCAAUUUGAAACUGAACACAAAUAACAAACAACAAAGAAGAAGAGAAAAAGAGCAAAAUGAUAGCAACCGAAGGAAUCGAAGACGAAGAGAAAUGGCUAGCGGAAGGCAUCGCCGCUAUUCAACACAACGCAUUUUACAUGUCUCGUGCUUUGGAUUCGAAUAAUCUUCGAGAAGCAUUGAAGUAUUCUGCUUUACUAUUAUCUGAGCUUCGGACUUCGAAACUUUCGCCGCACAAAUACUACGAGCUCUAUAUGCGAGCUUUUGAUGAAUUGAGGAAGCUGGAGAUGUUCUUCAGAGAAGAAGAUAGACAUGGUUGUUCAGUUAUUGACUUAUAUGAACUCGUUCAACAUGCUGGAAAUAUAUUGCCUCGGUUGUAUCUCCUAUGUACAGUAGGAUCUGUUUACAUCAAAUCAAAAGAGGCUCCUGCUAAGGAUAUUCUCAAGGAUCUUGUUGAAAUGUGUCGUGGUGUUCAGCAUCCGACACGUGGUCUCUUCUUGAGGAGUUAUCUUGCUCAAAUUAGCAGAGACAAAUUGCCAGACUUAGGUUCUGAGUAUGAAGGAGAAGGUGAUACUGUCAUGGAUGCUGUAGAUUUUGUGCUGCAGAACUUCACAGAGAUGAAUAAACUUUGGGUUAGAAUGCAGCAUCAUGGACCUGUCAGGUUGAAAGAGAAACUGGAAAAAGAAAGGAGCGAGCUUCGUGAUCUUGUUGGGAAGAAUUUGCACGUUCUUAGUCAGAUAGAGGGUGUUGAUCUUGAAAUGUACAAGGAUGUGGUUCUGCCCAGAGUUUUGGAGCAGGUUGUCAAUUGUAAGGAUGAGAUUGCCCAGUAUUAUCUGAUGGACUGCAUAAUUCAGGUCUUUCCAGAUGAGUACCACUUGCAGACACUUGAAACCUUAUUGGGUGCUUGUCCGCUACUCCAACCUGCUGUUGACGUUAAGACUGUGCUGUCACGAUUGAUGGAGAGAUUGUCAAACUAUGCUGAUUCAAGUCCCGAAGUGUUACCUGACUUCCUUCAAGUUGAAGCAUUUGCCAAGCUAAGCAGUGCCAUCGGGAAGGUCAUUGAUGCACAAACUGAUAUGCCAGUUGUUGGAGCCAUUUCCUUGUAUGUAUCUCUACUGACCUUCACUCUCCGUGUUCAUCCUGAUCGACUAGACUACGUGGAUCAAGUACUGGGAGCAUGUGUCAGGAAACUUUCUAGUAAAGCAAAGCUUGAGGAUAGUAAAGCGACAAAACAAGUUGUUGCUCUCCUGAGUGCACCAUUGGAGAAAUACACUGACAUUGUGACAGUUCUAACUCUUUCAAAUUAUCCACGUGUCAUGGAUCCCCUUGAUGCUGGAACAAAUAAGAUCAUGGCGAAGAUAAUCAUUGAGAGCAUCAUGAAGAAUGACACCUGUGUAUCAACUGCUGACAAGGUUGAGGUUUUGUUUGAAUUGAUAAAAGGGCUUAUCAAGGACUUGGAUGGAACUGCUACUGAUGAGCUCGAUGAGGAGGAUUUCAAGGAGGAACAGAAUUCUGUUGCUCGUCUU